CUGCUGGAUGUACCAUGCUUUCCUGUGAUAUUUGUGGUGAAACAGUGACCUCAGAACCGGACAUGAAGGCUCAUCUCCUAAUUGUCCACAUGGAAAAUGAAGUCAUAUGUCCAUUUUGCAAAUUGUCGGGUGUGAAUUAUGAUGAAAUGUGUUUUCAUAUUGAAACUGCUCAUUUUGAACGAAAUGAAUUGGGCAGAAACUUUGAGAGGAUCAAUACCAUACACUGUGGAACUUCAGAUAACAGGAAGGACAACACCCAGCAGAGCAGAAUGGAAGUUAAUUCAAGUAUUCAUUCACCCUGUGCAUCUAAUCAUCCGAAAAUUUCAGCUCAAAGCCUGCCUAAGGAUGGUACUUUAGAACAUAAAGCCUUUUAUUCAGAGAACUUGACUGAAUCUAGAAAAUUCUUGGAAAGUAAGGAAAAACAGUGUGACCUAUCCAAAAUAAAAGGAUCAAUUUAUGACACAGUGUAUAGUCCUCCUGAAUGCCCAUUCUGUGGAAAAAUAGAAGAUUGUACUCAAGAUAUGGAAAAUCAUGUGAAAACAAAUCAUGCCAAUCUUUUAGACACUCCAGUAGAAGACUGUGAUCAACCAUUGUACCACUGCCCUAUGUGUGGGCUCACCUGUACAAAUUACCAUAUUCUCCAGGAACAUGUUGACUUGCAUUUGGAAGAAAGCAGCUUUAGACAAGGCAUGGAUAGAGUCCAAUGUUCUAGAGACCUAGAAUUGGCUCAUCACCUUCAAGAAGAAGAAGACAGAAAGAGAGCUGAAGAAUCAAGACAAGAAAGGGAAGAAUUUCAGAAGCUGCAGCGACAAUAUGGUUUAGAUAAUUCUGGAGGGUACAAACAGCAGCUACUACGAAGUAUGGAGAGAGAAGUAAAUAGUGGAAGAAUGCAUCCAUCUGAAUUUCACAGAAGAAAAGCUGAUAUGAUGGAAUCACUAGCUAUUGGUAUUGAUGAUGGGAAAACAAAAACUUCUGGGAUUAUUGAAGCGCUUUACCGGUAUUACCAGAAUGCUGCCACAGAUGUCAGGCGUGUGUGGCUUUCUGCCGCAGUGGAUCACUUUCAUUCCUCUUUUGGUGACAAAGGUUGGGGUUGUGGUUACAGAAAUUUCCAAAUGCUACUGUCAUCAUUAUUACAAAAUGAUACUUACGAUGAUUGCUUGAAAGGUAUGUCAGUUCCUUGUAUUCCAAAAAUUCAGUCUAUGAUUGAAGAUGCAUGGAGGGAAGGUUUUGAUCCUCAGGGUGCCUCUCAACUUAAUGACAGGCUACAGGGAACAAAGGCCUGGAUUGGAGCAUGUGAAAUAUAUACACUUCUGACCUCCCUAAGGGUAAAGUGCCGUAUUGUGGAUUUUCACAAGUCAACUGGUCCUUUGGGUACGCACCCUCGCCUGUUUGAAUGGAUACUGAACUAUUAUUCUACAGAGAGGGAAGGGGGUCCAAAAGCAGUGUGUACAUCUAAGCCUCCUAUCUAUCUGCAACAUCAAGGUCAUAGUCGAACAGUUGUUGGAAUUGAAGAGAGAAAAAACCAAACGUUAUGUUUACUAGUAUUUGAUCCUGGAUGUCCUUCUCGAGAAAUGCAGAAACUAUUAAAGCAAGACAUGGAGGCUAACAGUCUCAAGCAACUUCGGAAAUUUGUGGGAAAUUUAAAGCAUAAACAGUACCAGAUAGUGGCAGUAGAGGGCGUUCUUACUGCAGAGGAGAAAAUUGCCAGGAGACAAGCAUCUCAAGUGUUUACAGCCGAGAAGAUUCCUUGAAGAAUUAAGCAUUUCAGAAAGAAACUUUCAGACUCAUGUUGGCUGUUCUGUGUAAGGUUGCAAAAAAGAAUCCUACUCUGGUCAACUGAAGCAGAAAGAAAUUCAUUGAGAGAUGAUCAGAGGAGCUCACAGAAUCCAUAGGUAACUAGGGCACUUUGCUGGAACCAAGGCAACUCCUAGACUGUGGUCUGAUUCAUAGCAAGAGCCAAGGCAGAAUGUCUGCUCACAAUUCAGAUUCCCGAGACGAAUCUCAUACCAUGAUGUCUGCCCUGGACAGAGGCAAUUUCUCGAAAGGAAAUCGGAGUAGAUGAGGAAAUGGAUCUUAAACAACAAAAAAGAAAAACAACAACUGUCUGUUAUACCAUGAAAAAUGAACAAGAAUGUACUUGAAUGAAGUUUUAUAAAUAUUCACUACACCACUGAAUACUGAAAAUUGCAUUCCAAGAAUGAAUAAUAUUGCCAAUUGGAAAAUUCUAGAAAUAAUCCUAAUAUUUUGUCCUUCAGACUAGUGACCAGGUUUCUCCCUCAUAUCCCCAUGCAGUUAUCCUUUUUCAUGCCAUCAUUACUUCUUACCUAGAUAACCUGCUAACUGGACUCCCUGUCUUGAUUCUCUGUCAUCCAUCUUCUACACAGAAGCCAAAUGUUUCUUACAAAUAUGAUUUUGUCACUUCCUAGUUGAGUCCUUUUCCCUGUUUAUGUAUAAAAUCCGAACAUCCCAAACAACCUGGGCCCUGCUUGCCUCUCCAGGCUCAUCUCUUACCACUCUCAAAGUUCCACUCCUUUUAGCCCAAAGUCCUUCACCAAAAUAUAGUUGUGCUGCCUAGGACCUUCUUACCUUUAGUUCUCCACCUCUUGGAAGUGCUUCCUGAACUGCACAAGUCUGAAUAAAUGCACCUUCAAAGUAUUUGAUAAGCAGUGUCUGUAGAUAAGUAAUCUGCAGACUGCCAGCCAGUAGCCUUAGGGUGCCUAGCACAUACAGGACUUAAAAAUACAUUUUUAGUGAAUGAAAAUACAGUUUCAGAGAAGUAGUGAUAGAAAACAUUACUCUGAAGUUUCUGAAUAUCCCAGCAAGCCAUCUCUGCAAACCAAUUUCUAUAAGAUGAAAGACACUGAAGACACUUUAAGAAGUAACAAGUAUCCUGGG